AUGCAUGCAUCUUGGUACGCAAGCCAUUUGUUUGGGACGAUGUAUCAUCUGCUGCGCCGGUCUGCACCCGCCAAGCCUUCACGCGCAGGCAAGUGGGGGCGUCGAUUUCUCUUUGGGACUGGUGUGAUGGCUGCCAGCUACGUUUGUGCCGACUACUGGACAGCCAACUCCUUUACUCGUUCUCUGCGGACGAUAAAGGCGACAGUGCAAAUCUCUUACUUGUACAAGACAACAACCCCUAAGACUUCCGAAGAGUAUUCCAAUCUGCAUCGUACGGCAGCCCAAAUGAUUUUAGACGUCUGUUUGAAGAAUGAGGGUCUUUACAUUAAAAUUGGACAGGGAUUUAACGCACUGAAUCAUAUUCUCCCACGUGAGUACAUGGAUGUCUUAAAGGUGCUUCUGGAUCAAGCCCCAUCUGUGCCUUUUGACGAAAUUAGUCGAAUCAUUAAGGAGGAAACCGGAAAAAAAGUGGAGGAGUUGUUUUCUUACUUUGAUCCCGUUCCUGUUGCCUCUGCGUCGAUAGCACAAGUGCACCGAGCCAAGUUGCGACCCGCGACCCCGCAAGAUGAAUCAAUGGAAGUUGCUGUCAAGGUACAAAAGCCGAAAAUUCGCUACCAGGUCUUUUGGGACCUUGAGACCUACCGAUUUGUCACCUGGAUGAUUGGAGUUCUCUUCAACAUGCCGGUGGGUUGGGCAAAGAAGAGUAUUAUUGAUGGUAUCCGUCGUGAAACCGACUUCUCUGCUGAAGCAAACAACGUGGAGCAAAUGCGGUGUCAUCUCGCUGGUAACCCAAAUGUGUAUGUCCCGAAGUUGCACAAGGAACUUGUCACCUCGCGCUUGUUGGUUUUGGAAUGGAUCGAUGCCGUAAAACUUAUCGAUGUGGAAACCGUCCGCCAGCAGUUUGAUGCCGUCACCGUUCUCCGAACUGUGUUUGACGUAUUUGGGGACAUGUUAUUUAAAUACAGCUUUGUGCACUGUGACCCGCAUGCGGCCAAUGUUUUGGUACGCCGUCCGCCGCUUAGCGAGCAGCGUGAUGGAAGUCAGCGACAGGUGAAAAAAUGCAAGAACCCGCAGGUUGUGUUGUUGGACUUUGGUUUGUGCUGCCCGGAGACGGAGAGGUUCCGUGUGGAGUACGCCCUGAUCUUCAAGUCCAUUGUAUUGCGGGACACGGAAACCAUAAUGAAAAUUAUCACAACGUGGGGCAUCGCCGAUGCCGAUGUGUUUGCCUCGAUCCAAAUGCAGAAGCCAUACGAAUCACUGCGACGUGGCAACCAUGGAGAAGUAACGAAGAUGGAAUUGUUCCAGAUGCAGGUGAAGGCUCGUGAGCGUGCCCAGACGCUGCUGGCGAACCAAGAAUUGAUACCACCCGAACUCCCACUGGUGGGGCGCAGUAUUGACAUCCUUCGCGGGCUGAACCGCCUCUACGGUGCCCCAAUUAACCGUAUAAAUAUGUUUGUACGUCGAGCUGUAGCGGGGCUCGGGCCCAUUAACAGCUAUGAGAGCGCCCAGUACUACCUUGAACAGGUUGAUCGUACUGUCGACGCCACAGCAACGAAGAAAAAAGUUGCUGCAGCCCCAUCAAAGUCGGUAUUCGACGUUGAUGCUGAUCGCCAACGGCGGGAGCAGGCGGCGGCGGCGUUAAUUCUUCACUCGAAGCGCAACGCCUCUCUGGGAGGGCGGCUGCGUGAAUAUGCCCUCUCUUUAUACCGGAGGGUUCUAUUUGAAAUAGUGCUUGCCCUUUUUGAUGCCUUUCAUAUGACUAUGCGCUUGUACACGACGCUUCUCGAGGCGUUUGUGCCGGGAAUGGCGGACGCGAGGCUAAAUGAGGACUCACUAGAGGAGCUUCUUAAGAGACGGGAACUUCGUUUUGGCGGCCCGCCACCCCGUGAACGGAGAGCAGAGUAA